UAUCCGAGGGCAAAACAGGAAGACAACACUGCACAAAAAUCUAACCUAUCUUAUGAGUCACAUUGCAAAAUGGUAACUAGAAAGGGUGUAUUCCGACGUGUAACGAACUGUUAACAUAUUCAGAAGAAUGUAGAAGAAGAAUUAUUUGUAAUCGGUUUGGCAUUUGUCCGCAAAAAUGUCGAGAUUUUUCCGAUUCCUUAGCCGCCGUCGGACUGGCAGACGGCAGAAGCUUGGAGAACAAGCACCCAUCAAAAAGAAGAAUGCUAUUACUUGUACGGUUAUGUUAUUGGAUUCUACAGACUUCACACUAGAUUUUUCCAAAAAGGCUGAUGGCAAGGAGCUGUUUGAGCAGGUGUUUUAUCAUCUUGACAUCGUAGAGAAGGAUUACUUCGGGCUGCAGUACACCGACCACCACAAUGUCAAUCACUGGCUAGACCCAACAAAAAGGAUCAAGAAACAAGUCAAAAUUGGACCACACUAUACAUUCCGAUUCCGUGUCAAAUUUUACCCUUCGGAUCCUAAUAACUUACACGAAGAGCUUACUAGAUAUCAGUUUUUCCUGCAGUUAAAAAGUGAUCUGCUGUCCGGGAGACUUGAAGCCAACUUUGACACCAGUAUUGAGCUAUCCGGAUUCGCACUUCAAUCUGAACUUGGUGACUAUGAUGUGGAGGCGCAUACACCUGGUGUUAUAUCAGAGUUCCACUUCGUCCCCAACCAGACUGAGGAAAUGGAACUGGAAAUGGUGGAACAAUUCAAAACAUGCCGGGGACAAACUCCAGCCAUGGCAGAGCUGAACUACCUGAACAAAGCCAAAUACCUGGAAAUGUACGGGGUGGACAUGCAUUUUGUAAUGGGCCGUGACGGGUCAGAGUAUAAGCUGGGACUCACACCAACAGGUAUUUUGGUUUACGAGGGCACGGCCAAGAUUGGACUCUUCUUCUGGCCUAAAAUGACGAAAUUGGACUUCCGCGGUAAACUACUGACUCUGGUGGUAGUCGAGGAUGACAAUGAGGGUAGAGAACAAGAACACACUUUCGUGUUCCGACUUGAAACUGAAAAGGCAUGUAAGCAUUUAUGGAAGUGUGCGCUGGAGCACCACGCAUUCUUCCGUCUAAAGGGGCCCGUAAAAGGACCAGGCACGCGACAGAACUUCUUCAGGAUGGGGUCUAGAUUCCGUUACAGUGGGAGGACAGAAUAUCAAACGUCUUCUGUGAGUCGAGCGAGACGCAGUGUACGAUUUGAACGGAAAGGAAGUCAGCGAUACUCAAGGCGACCAACUUUCGAGAAGAAGGAGAGAGAGGCGGCCAUGAAACGAGAACAGGAGAAGAGAGAUGCCAAGAAACGGGAGUCUGCCGAGCGACAUCAAAAAGCUGUCGUAGAACCCACGAAACCAGCAGCCCCAGUGGCUGCAGCAUCAUCUAAAAUAAAAACUCCACCAAGAAGCCCCACCCCAAAAUCUCCAGUGACCAAUGGCACUACAGGAGCCUGGGGAAAGCAUCGAAAAUCUGGAUCAGAAAAAGAUGUACCAGAUGCUCCAUCUCGGUCCAAGUCACCCAUUGCUGGGGCAUCUGGACAUGAAAAGGACAUUAAUUUGAAAGAAGCAUCUGAGGCCGCCCAAGCUAGAAUCAAAGGUCUUGAUGAGACACGACCUUUACGACCUCCAGUGCUAAAGGUCAAACCAGAUGUCAACAAUUUCCAGAAUAACCAGGUGAAAUUUCCUAGCGGUCCUGCUGUCAUCCCUCCCGAUCAGAUGAAGUGCAAUAUUCUCAAGGCCAAGAUGGAGGAGGAGCUCCGAAAAGAGCAACCAGAGGAGGACAGUGAACCUGACGACCAUGCUGAGGAAGAGGAACAGAGGAGCGACAGUAACAGAGACGAGGGAAGUGAUUCCGAGGAUGAAAUCAGCCGCAGGAAAAAGGGGUUACGCGUGGAUAUUAAGUCGAUCGAAGAUGACAAGGGACAGAUCAGCCCAAGGAGUACCCAAAGCGACAAAGUGUUUCAUGGCUCCGUAUCAUCCGGCCCUGUGGUUAAUCACUCAGGGGUCGAAGGUCAAGCCCGGUUGACCAAUCUCAACAAUGAGGUGUUCAUCCUGACUCCGCCUCCCAGCAGUAUCACUAAACAGCCGACCGUGAGCACCACAAGCACAGGCAGCACAGCAGACGGUGACACUACAGACUCCCCUCCCCCGGGGGUCCGUUUCCCCAAGGCUAGGGUAGUAUCUACUGAUUCUGAGUCUGAAAAACCCACCUUGAGAAUGCCUUCUACAUCCUCAAGCUUCAGACAGCCUCGGGUGUCGUCCACCUCCUCCUCUGGGUCUGUUUCCCCAACAAGCCCACAACCUUCAACCACUCAGUCUGCUGUGCCCCUUCGACCCCCGCCCCCAAGCCGAGGAAGCAACAUCCCACGUUUGUCUAGCCCAUCUGAGGUGCCAUCUCAUGUUAGCAAUGAGGAAGGGGAGAUAAUUAUUGAUUUCCCCACCUUGGAGAAGAAAAAGGAUAGCAAAAUACCCAAGCCUGCCCCUAGGUCUAGUAUUGCAUCGCCAAUUACUAACGAGUCUCCAACAUCACCUGUAAGCAAAAUUCCUGCUCCCUCAAUGAUUCCCUCGGCAAGGACUUCAACCAAUCCUUUUGCAGCCCUUCCUCCUCCCGUCAAGCAGAUCCCAAGAUCCAGCAAUCCCUUUGCAGCCCCCGCCCCUCCCAGUCAGAUCCCCACGAAGCCCCGGAUGAUAACACCCCCAAAAUCUACAAACCCAUUCGCCGCACCACCCCCUCCUCUUCCUAACAAAUCCAACAAUCCUUUCUUGGAUGAUGAGGAAGAGAUUGAAGAUGUAGACAAGACCUCCCCAACGUCCGUUAAACCAGCCUCAUCAUCUUUACCUAAACCCCGUGAGUCACGUAUUCCUAAACUGCCCACCAGCCCUACCACAAAAAACGACGACUUUCUUAGGAACAGUUUUAAGCAAGAAAAUACUGGGUCAAUUAAGAGCCCUACAACUCAAGAUGUGCCACCACCCAGACCCCCAAAAGCCCCGCGAACCUCGGCCAACCUCAGCUCUAUCCCUGUACCCAAGUCUGCCUCCCUGGCCUCUCCCACCGGUGGUCAAGCCUCGUCUACUUCCUCCCUCUCCACAACCACCAGCACCGUCGGGAAGAAGGAGCAGAGUGGGAUUCCUGCCCCUGUGGUCAUUGAGACAUCAUUUUCCGGAAACAAGAUGGUGACACGUACAACAUCCUCAACAAGUACAAAGAGUCUCCCAGGCGGUCAGCCCCACGUCAGUCACACAAUCACAGUGUCCCGCAAUAAGUCGGAAUCCAGCAGCCGCAAUACUGCUGUCAACGGCGAGGGGUUAUCACCGUGGCAUGUACAGUCCCCGGAGCAACCAGUCGUGCAGCGAAAAGUCACCCUGACAACGGAAUUAUGAAGAUGUUCGUUAUCCAUCAAUGUUUUGUUCAUGAAGAUACAUUAUGAUUUGAAUGGUCAGUUUUUUUCGCCUUUCUUAUUUCAUCCAUAGGUACAAAAUGAGCUGAAGUGUUUCUGUAUUUGAGCUGUUGGAAAAAUUGGUUGAUGAUAUGAAAGAAGGAAGGAGAAUUUUCAACUUUGGGAACUUAACAGAUUUAUAAUUGAAGAUCAAAUAACUUGCAAAUACAGAUGUGUCUUUUUAUUAAAUCGUCAAGCUUGCGAAAUAUGAAACAAUGAUGAAGUCUUGAGCACGAGGAUCUGACACAAACAAAUACAAUUAAUCAUGGAUCUUUUUAAAGUGUUUCUUUGUUGGAAGAACAAGAUUUUCGUCAGAAUUUUAGCUGUGUUGUGGUUUAAAAGUUGUCUAGGAAAAAAACAGUUGUUGCAAAUCUAACAUAGAUUGGACUAAUUUUACAAUUGUUUUGACGUCUUCCUCCAAAAUCGGUGACAUUGGAAGAAUCUACUGUUGAAAUUAUUGCAAUGGAUAUUGUGUAAAAGGGUUGCCUUUUUGUUAAACUUCUUGCGAAAACGAUUUUAAACAAGGAUGGCUUGAAUCUUGUAAUUUUGGUCUUUAUUUUCAUCGAUGUAGGACAGGACUAUGGGCUUUAAUGACAAGAUUGUCCUACAUCAACUUCGAACGUUAUGUACAAAUUUUUAUAUCAUUUAUAAAGUAGAUCAAUCUUCUAUCCUUAUUUUAUAAAUUGAUUUCUAAGAUAUUAUUACAGCCAAGUUUUAACACAUAGAGGUUGCCGAUUAAGCUUGUCAUUACGAUUUACCUUUUUAGUAAACAUUUCAUUUUUUAAAUAAGGUUGUCCUAUGUUUAACUCAUUCACCCCUGAAGACACAAUUGAACUC